AUUGCAACGAUUUGAAUUUUCUCUCAAUUUCAGAUCAAAAGGAAAAAAAAAAGAUCUCUUCUUCCUGUCAUCGUAAUUCAACUAUCAAGAAGGCCACAAAUGGGAGCGAAAACGCGGUCUCAACACUCAUCAGAGCGUCAAAAGUGGAAUGAAGUCUUUGAGGGUUUAGUUAAGAUGCUUAAAACCCAGCAACAACAGCUUGAAACAUUGGCUAAAGAAAGAAUUAUUCUCGAAGAUCGGAUUAAGAUGCAAUAUGAACGGUGGGUCUCUGAUGUUCGCCUUUAUGAAGAUCACAUUUCUCAGAUGAAAAGUGAGUUGCAAUCGGAAGAGAUGGCUCGUGUGCUUGAGGCUACAAAAGCCGAUAUGUUGAUAGGACUGAAGCACAGAGAAGCUUUUCUUUGCAAAAUGAAAUUAGAGGAAACAGAAGAUGAAUUGAUUGAUUUCAGAGUCGGGUUUAACAUCCUCAGUAAAACUUCAAAAGAUAUUCAAACCAGAAAAGGAACGGCGGGAGGCAAGCAUAGUGGUUCGAAGUCUGUUACUUUCAAGACAUUGGAAGAUGCUGGAAGAAGCCUAAAGCUUAUUGACAAAACUCGUGUUUCAGAAAAGAGUUCUCAAGCCAUUGCACUCAUGGCCAAGAACAACUUUGCGUGGAAUCAGCUUAAUGUUCUGGAAAGUCAGUACAAGAAUAAAUUAAAUAACAAGCAGUUUGAACUUGAAAAGUCUAACAAGAGAAUUGAGACACUGAUUUCCUAUAUGGAGGAGCUGAGUUCAUCUAAUGCUGAAAAGGAUGAAAUAAUUGAGCGGUUAAAAGCUGAAUUGUCUCGGAAGGAGGCUGGUGCAACUAGAUUCCAAGAAGUUGCUAAAAUUUCUAGGGAGGCCGAAACGUCUAGGAAGUCCACAAGUGCUUCUUGUACACCUGUAAUAAAACGUUGCGCAGCAGGUGGAAGAACUUCCGUUCUCGGGGGUAAGAAUGGCAGCAGGGAUAGAUGCAACAUUGUUCUGCAGAAAGAAAACACCGCCCCUAAUGUCCCUGAUCAUAAGGACAAUGAAAAGGGAAGCAGAAGCUCGAAGAGAAAAAAAGAUGAUGAUGCUAUACCCCUUUCUGAAACUCCAAAAUUGUUCACUUCUACAUUCAAAGUUCCCAGAUUGAAAGCCUCCUGUCCCAACACAAGAUGAUGACCUGCGCCAUUUUCUUGGCUUCGGAGCUUGUACUUCUAUGUAUUUUUAGUUUAUUAAGCUGUAAUCUUGGCAGUUUAACCGAUGUGUAUUAGUUACAUUCCCU